AUGUCUGCAUUCGUUGCCAGUUCAUUCAACAACAAAAUCACGGUGAGGAUGACUGACACGACGGUAGAGGGUCCGGGGAGACACAGGAACCGUGAUGUGCUCGCAGAAUCGGCGACAAGAAGGGAUGAUGUGUUUGAUGAAACGUACAAAGAGAAAGAAGGUCCCAAACCUCCAAUGAAAAUCGUGUGGAAAAAUAUCACAUUGAUGACUUUAUUGCACAUUGCAGCCGUGUACGGCAUCUCCCUCGUCCCAUCUGCUCAUGUUUUGACCUGGGCUUGGUGUAAGUAUGAUAUACCUAACCCACUUGUUAUUUCAAAUGAACUCGGUUUGACAUUGAAAUUGUUUUUAUGGCGUAGUUAAUUUGCACAUCGGAUUGGUCGCACAGCACAGCUGGAUUCGCCAGGCUUCAGUGCUGCGUAGCGCAAGCUGCCUGACUCUUUCUUUCUCCCCUGCUGGUGAAUACGGAUGGUUUUCAUUUCUCUGCAACUGUAAUACUGUUAAUAACCAGACCAUGUAGAACGUUCUAGAAACAAUGGUUAUUAUGCAUUCAUGAAAAAGUCCUAACCAAAUCUGAUUAUUUUAUCCCGGAGAUGAGCCCCAAAUGAAUGAUUCUAUGGAAAAGAGACAUUAUAGUAGGUGACCCUACUAAUCUAUUAUUAUUCACUAUCACUAGUUUAUACCCUGUUAUGGAAUAACAUACCUUUUUACUUGAUUAGAUGGCAAACAUAUGAAUGAAUGUUUUAGGAAAAACAAAGAGUACAGGAUCCAUUCUUGAUCUCUGCCACCUGAUGCUCUGCAUGUUCAUGGAACAUGCAUGAGGAGCAGUUGUCGUCAUCUGGCCAUUAAAUAGAUGUUGUUCCUCUAUCCCCCUCUAUCCCCCUCUCUCUCUCUCUCUCUCUCUCUCUCUCUCUCUCUCUCUCUCUCUCUCUCUCUCUCUCUCUCUCUCUCUCUCUCUCUCUCUCUCUCUCUCUCUCUCCACACAGCUGUGUUUUGCUUUUUAAUAAGCGCUUUAGGAGUGACUGCUGGGGCUCACCGGCUAUGGAGCCACAGGUCCUACAAGGCCUCGUUACCUCUCAGAAUCUUUCUCGCCACUGCCAACUCCAUGGCCUUUCAGGUAAAACAUGUCUUUCCCACUUCACUUUUAUUUAACCGGGUUAAACAUCAGAUGGCAGAUAGUAUCGGUAUACACACAAAACGUCUUCGUUUGAUAUGAUGAACAAACUUUCCCCAAAGUAUCAUUCUGUUAGCCUGGUCAAGCAGACGGCUGCAUGCGCUCAGAAUGUGAGCUAUCGCGAGAUCAGGCUGUAAUGUAGAAUGUUCAUUCAAAUUAUGCUAACUUACAGUGAGGGGAAAAAAGUAUUUGAUCCCCUGCUGAUUUUGUAUGUUUGCCCACUGACAAAGAAAUGAUCAGUCUAUACUUUUAAUGGUAGGUUUAUUUGAACAGUGAGAGACAGAAUAACAACAAAAAAAUCCAGAAAAACGCAUAUCAAAAAUUUUAUAAAUUAAUUUGCAUUUUAAUGAGGGAAAUAAGUAUUUGACCCCCUCUCAAUCAGAAAGAUUUCUGGCUCCCAGGUGUCUUUUAUACAGGUAACGAGCUGAGAUUAGGAGCACACUCUUAAAGGGAGUGCUCCUAAUCUCAGCUUGUUACCUGUAUAAAAGACACCUGUCCACAGAAGCAAUCAAUCAAUCAGAUUCCAAACUCUCCACCAUGGCCAAGACCAAAGAGCUCUCCAAGGAUGUCAGAGACAAGAUUGUAGAUCUACACAAGGCUGGAAUGGGCUACAAGACCAUCGCCAAGCAGCUUGGUGAGAAGGUGAAAACAGUUGGUGUGAUUAUUCGCAAAUGGAAGAAACACAAAAGAACUGUCAAUCUCCCUCGGCCUGGGGCUCCAUGCAAGAUCUCACCUCGUGGAGUUGCAAUGAUCAUGAGAACGGCAAGGAAUCAUCCCAGAACUACAUGGGAGGAUCUCAAGGCAGCUGGGACCAUAGUCACCAAGAAAACAAUUGGUAGCACACUACGCCGUGAAGGACUGAAAUCCUGCAGUGCCCGCAAGGUCCCCCUGCUCAAAAAAGCACAUAUACAUGCCCGUCUGAAGUUUGCCAAUGAACAUCUGAAUGAUUCAGAGAACUGGGUGAAAGUGUUGUGGUCAGAUGAGACCAAAAUGGAGCUCUUUGGCAUCAACUCAACUCGCCGUGUUUGGAGGAGGAGGAAUGCUGCCUAUGACCCCAAGAACACCAUCCCCACCGUCAAACAUGGAGGUGGAAACAUUAUGCUUUGGGGGUGUUUUUCUGCUAAGGGGACAGGGCAACUUCACCGCAUCAAAGGGACGAUGGACAGGGCCAUGUACCGUCAAAUCUUGGGUGAGAACCUCCUUCCCUAAGCCAGGGCAUUGAAAAUGGGUCGUGGAUGGGUAUUCCAGCAUGACAAUGACCCAAAACACAUGGCCAAGGCAACAAAGGAGUGGCUCAAGAAGAAGCACAUGAAGGUCCUGGAGUGGCCUAGCCAGUCUCCAGUCCUUAAUCCCAUAGAAAAUCUGUGGAGGGAGCUGAAGGUUCGAGUUGCCAAACGUCAGCCUCAAAACCUUAAUGACUUGGAGUAGAUCUGCAAAGAGGAGUGGAACAAAAUCCCUCCUGAGAUGUGUGCAAACCUGGUGGCCAACUACAAGAAACAUCUGACCUCUGUGAUUGCCAACAAGGGUUUUGCCACCACGUAGUAAGUCAUGUUUUGCAGAGGGGUCAAAUACUUAUUUCCUGGCAUGCGUCUAGUUAGAAGAUAACAAAGUUUAUGCCAACAUAAUAAUUCCAUGCAGAAGCGUUUGAAAAUAAACAAAUUCAUUGGACUAGCGCCGUUGCUGAUUCUACAGGAUUAGUGAGUAAAAAUGACUGGAAGGGAAUGUUAGCAGUACUGAAAGUUCGCCAUGAAAAAGUGGAAAAUAAACAAAAUCGUAGUUAAUUUCAGCUAACUACUCAGUAAACACAUAGAAUAACUGUUGUACUGUCAUUCUGGUCAUUUCAACGUUUUCCAAAUGAUCUACAUCCACUUUAUUAGUUGGCGUUCCGACCGCUGGUCACGUUUUCAAUGCUAAUCCUGUAGAAUCAGCAACGGCGUUGGUCCAAUCAAUUUGUUUCUUUUCGAAUGCUCCGCAUGGAAUUAUUCCGCUGUCUUGACCUGUAUAUUAACGACCUAGGCAUGGGUACACUCAAAAUGGCUGUAUAUUAACGACCUAGGCAUGGGUACACUCAAAAUGGCUGUAUAUUAACGACCUAGGCAUGGGUACACUCAAAAUGGCUGUAUAUUAACGACCUAGGCAUGGGUACACUCAAAAUGGCUGUAUAUUAACGACCUAGGCAUGGGUACACUCAAAAUGGCUGCCAGUCCACCCAUUAUGCCAUCAUUGACUUGAAUGGGGAGGCCCAUUCUAUGGAUUCUAUUUCUGUGUAUAAAUCUUAGUCUUUGUGUCCCCAUUACAGAAUGACAUCUUUGAAUGGGCUCGGGACCACAGAGUUCACCACAAGUUUUCAGAGACCGAUGCCGACCCCCACAACGCCAUCCGAGGGUUCUUCUUCUCCCACAUCGGUUGGCUCCUGGUGCGUAAACACCCAGACGUCAUUGAGAAAGGGAAGAAGCUGGAGCUCAGUGACUUGAAGGCCGACAAAGUUGUCAUGUUCCAGAGGAAGUAUGUAUUCCUUCCCGAUGAUCAAUUCAUACAGUAUUGGUUGCAUUUUCUCUUCCAUAAAUGUUUCUGUUCACUCCAUAAUCUGUGAUGGCACUAAACCUAGCUUAGUCAUUGUUAGAUCAUCAAUAUGGCUCAGAAGGUUUGAGAAGCUUCUUAACAAUGGUAAUUCCUAGUUUUUUAAUGAAGAUCAGGAACAUCCAUAACCUCAUGGCAUGUUAUGUAUUUGUAACUGAAUAAUGUGAUAAUCUGUCAAAGAAGAGCCUGCCAGCCGAGACCGUGUUGCUGUGUUGGGAGCUGUACAGAUGGGUCUCUUAAACUGACAGUUUGAAUAGACCUUUAUCUUCUGUGCUGCCUCCAUAUAAUGGGUAUUUCAACAUAUCAUGGAGGAUAUGUCUGUUCUCUUGUCUUCUCCACAGGUAUGUCAACAUGUCAUGGAGGAUAUGUCUGUUCUCUUGUCUUCUCCACAGGUAUGUCAACAUAUCAUGGAGGAUAUGUCUGUUCUCUUGUCUUCUCCACAGGUAUGUCAACAUGUCAUGGAGGAUAUGUCUGUUCUCUUGUCUUCUCCACAGGUAUUACAACAUGUCAUGGAGGAUAUGUCUGUUCUCUUGUCUUCUCCACAGGUAUGUCAACAUGUCAUGGAGGAUAUGUCUGUUCUCUUGUCUUCUCCACAGGUAUUACAACAUGUCAUGGAGGAUAUGUCUGUUCUCUUGUCUUCUCCACAGGUAUUACAACAUAUCAUGGAGGAUAUGUCUGUUCUCUUGUCUUCUCCACAGGUAUUACAACAUGUCAUGGAGGAUAUGUCUGUUCUCUUGUCUUCUCCACAGGUAUUUCAACAUGUCAUGGAGGAUAUGUCUGUUCUCUUGUCUUCUCCACAGGUAUGUCAACAUAUCAUGGAGGAUAUGUCUGUUAUCUUGUCUUCUCCACAGGUAUUACAACAUGUCAUGGAGGAUAUGUCUGUUCUCUUGUCUUCUCCACAGGUAUUACAACAUGUCAUGGAGGAUAUGUCUGUUCUCUUGUCUUCUCCACAGGUAUUACAACAUAUCAUGGAGGAUAUGUCUGUUCUCUUGUCUUCUCCACAGGUAUUAUAACAUAUCAUGGAGGAUAUGUCUGUUCUCUUGUCUUCUCCACAGGUAUUACAACAUGUCAUGGAGGAUAUGUCUGUUCUCUUGUCUUCUCCACAGGUAUGUCAACAUGUCAUGGAGGAUAUGUCUGUUCUCUUGUCUUCUCCACAGGUAUUACAACAUAUCAUGGAGGAUAUGUCUGUUCUCUUGUCUUCUCCACAGGUAUUACAACAUAUCAUGGAGGAUAUGUCUGUUCUCUUGUCUUCUCCACAGGUAUUACAACAUAUCAUGGAGGAUAUGUCUGUUCUCUUGUCUUCUCCACAGGUAUUAUAACAUAUCAUGGAGGAUAUGUCUGUUCUCUUGUCUUCUCCACAGGUAUUACAUGUCAUGGAGGAUAUGUCUGUUCUCUUGUCUUCUCCACAGGUAUUACAACAUAUCAUGGAGGAUAUGUCUGUUCUCUUGUCUUCUCCACAGGUAUUAUAACAUAUCAUGGAGGAUAUGUCUGUUCUCUUGUCUUCUCCACAGGUAUUACAUGUCAUGGAGGAUAUGUCUGUUCUCUUGUCUUCUCCACAGGUAUUACAACAUAUCAUGGAGGAUAUGUCUGUUCUCUUGUCUUCUCCACAGGUAUGUCAACAUGUCAUGGAGGAUAUGUCUGUUCUCUUGUCUUCUCCACAGGUAUGUCAACAUGUCAUGGAGGAUAUGUCUGUUCUCUUGUCUUCUCCACAGGUAUGUCAACAUGUCAUGGAGGAUAUGUCUGUUCUCUUGUCUUCUCCACAGGUAUUACAACAUGUCAUGGAGGAUAUGUCUCUGUACUAUUGUUUUUUUUUUUAUCCACAGGUAUUACAAGAUGUCAGUGCUGCUGAUGUGUUUCGCAGUCCCCAUGUUUGUUCCUUGGUGCCUGUGGGGAGAGAGCCUGUGGCUGGGCUACUUUGUGCCAGGCCUGCUGAGGUACACCCUGGUACUGAACGCUACCUGGCUGGUCAACAGUGCUGCCCACAUGUGGGGCAACCGGCCCUACGACGCCAACAUCAACCCCAGAGAGAACAAGUUUGUCACCCUUAGUGCCAUAGGUAUGUUACCUACCUCUUGCCAUUUUAAAAGAUCUUAAAACGUCAUUAAGUUGCCCCCUUUUUAUAACAUUUAAUUAUAUCGUAAAAUGACUCUAUACUCCACAGUUAUCGCAGAACAGUAGCAUUACAUAACAAGCUUUGCCUUCUGUGCUUGUAAUUACCUUCCUGAGUGAUGCUGCACAUGUUUAAUAUGUUUUACAUGGUGUCCGUUUGCUUUGAUUGCACCUGUUUGGGGGAAGAGAUCAAAGGGGAUUGGUUAUGCAAUCAUUGUAGAGAAGAGCAAGUUCAUGCGGACCAUGAAUUUUAGGUUUCAGUUCCCAACUCUGUGCUCGACAGAAAAUAAUAUGUGUAUAGUAGCUCUUCUCAAACCAUGUGUGGGCGUUCACAUCUUACAAGAUAUCUUGAAUAUAUUUAUUAUGUGUAAAUGAUGGUCACCCGUUACCCUAACGACGGUUUCCUGUCACUUUCAGGCGAAGGGUUCCAUAACUAUCACCACACCUUCCCUUAUGAUUACGCAACAAGUGAGUUUGGCUGUAAGCUGAACCUGACCACCUGUUUCAUCGACUUGAUGUGUUUCCUCGGCCUGGCAAAGGACUGCAAGAGAGUGUCCCCUGAAAUAGUCCUGGCCCGGGCCCAGCGCACUGGGGAUGGAAGCACCCGCAACCGGAGUGGCUAGGAGGUUUUCCCCCAAAUCUCAAAAAAGCUCCAAAACAAAACCAAUGUAAAAAAAAAAAUAUAUAUAUAAAACCGACAAAAGUUUAGUUUGCAGUGUAAUUUUGAGAGGCACUUCUCUAUCUUGUAGCUACAAUCACGGCGUCACUCUUCUCCCCUUUUGUGAGCUAUACAUUUCCUAAAGAGUUCUUAAAGAUGAAUGUUAGCUUUUGAAAAAGGGACUUUGAUCACCUUGUUAUGUUUUUACUGUUUCAUUUCAUCUUCGCUGCAGCCACUAGUCUGUUGUGUGAAAUGGUCCAAAUAUGUCUGUUGCCAAAGCUGAAUGCUGCCAUUGGUCAAGUCUCCCUCAGUAGGCCGGAUGAGGUAUUCCUGAGCUGCGAAUGCUUUUUUUCUGCUGCAGUGGUACAUUUUGAUGUUGCAUAGGCAAUCAAUCAAUAGUUUCUUAAACUGCAGUCAAAGUAUUAAAGGAGAGAUUUGAAAAAUACGGAAGCUGAAAUGACAUUUUAAACUGUUGUUGUGACACCUUUUUAAAUCUCCAUCUUGAAGUGAAGCUGUCAGUUUUGUCUGUAGAUUUCAUGUAAUGUGGGUCAUGUGACCAAAACAGAUACUUUUCUAUUUUUAAAGUAACUGUCCAGUGAAAAUCAAACUUUUAAAAGUUCAUAUUCUGUUAACUCAUACCCAAAUAAUCUUGCGAACUCGUCCUAUACUCGUAUUUGUGGCCAAAGCAUAAAUUGGAGAAAAAAAAACACUUCAAAC